UCUAAACGUUUUGAUUAGGAAAACAAAAUAGAAAGAAAAAGAAAGAUAAUCAAUGGAGCAUUGCUUUGUAAAAUAAAGGAAAAUACCCAUAUUUUCAUUUCCCUCCACAGAUCUCCAAAUUUCCCACACGCCAAACCCUAAUUUCAUCACUCCCUAUAUAAAAUUUCCAAAUUUUCUUCACCUAAUCUGUUUUUUUUGGCGGUUUAGCCCAAUCUCUCAAAGCCAGAGAUCGAAUAUAUCAGCCGAUGAUUCAAGAAUAUUCAUGGAUUUUCACCACGCUAUCUUCCUUCAUGGACGAACAUAACACUUGCGAUGCCAGAGCUGCAUAGCCAGGGGCAUCCAUUAACGCAAACCCGACUGGUAGACUCCCCCGACCUGAUUCCAACAAGUGUACUGUUCGCACACGCCCGUGGAGAACCGCACAGAAUAGGAAACCAAAAGACGCGUUCCUUGCUGCCGUUGAUGGUAACAAGUUCAACGACAAAGAUAACGAACACAAUAAUAUCGUGAGUGGUGCUGGUUUUGAAACGCUGCCGUUUGCGAGGAAGGAAGGAAGACGAGGAUAUUAAAGAGCUUAGGGUUUUCGGAGAAGAGGUUGCCGUGAAAAAAGAUGGACGAGUUCGAUAGCGGCGGCCGUAGCGGUGAUAAGGGCCCCGGGGCUGAAGAUGAAGGAAGCACCGCUCCGCUUCCCGAGAAGGUUCAGGUAGGCUGUUCCCCAAUGUAUAGAAUAGAAAGAAAACUGGGGAAAGGAGGCUUCGGACAAGUAUAUGUUGGUCGACGAAUUGGCGCUGGUCCUGGAGCUUUAGAGGUAGCUUUAAAAUUUGAACACAAAAGCAGCAAAGGAUGUAAUUAUGGGCCACCAUACGAGUGGCAAGUUUACCAUGCACUUGGUGGUAGCCAUGGUGUCCCUCGAGUUCAUUAUAAGGGCCGGCAAAGUGACUACUAUGUUAUGGUUAUGGAUAUGCUUGGACCUAGUUUAUGGGAUGUUUGGAAUAAUAACUCGCACACGAUGUCCAUUGAAAUGGUUGCAUGUAUAGCCAUUGAGGCCAUCUCAAUCUUGGAGAAGAUACACUCCAGAGGAUAUGUUCAUGGAGAUGUGAAACCUGAGAAUUUCUUGCUUGGUACUCCAGGAACUCCGGAUGAGAAAAAACUUUUUCUUGUUGACCUAGGAUUAGCAACCAGGUGGCGAGAUAGUUCAAGUGGUCAACAUGUUGAGUACGAUCAACGUCCAGAUGUUUUCAGGGGAACUGUACGCUAUGCUAGUGUGCAUGCUCAUCUCGGUAGAACUGGUAGCAGGAGAGAUGAUCUGGAGUCUCUGGCCUACACACUUAUUUUUCUCCUCCGUGGUCGUUUACCUUGGCAAGGAUAUCAGGGUGAAAACAAAGGCUUUCUUGUUUGUAAGAAGAAGAUGGCAACUUCCCCAGAAACUUUGUGUUGCUUUUGCCCUUUGCCUUUCAGACAGUUUGUUGAGUAUGUGGUGAAUUUGAAAUUUGAUGAGGAGCCAAAUUAUGCAAGAUAUAUCUCUCUUUUCGACGGGAUUGUUGGUCCAAACCCAGAUAUUAGACCAAUAAAUACUGAUGGUGCUCAGAAGCUUAUAUAUCAAGUAGGACAAAAGAGAGGAAGGUUAACAAUGGAGGAGGAAGAGGAUGAGCAGCCAAAGAAGAAGGUUCGAAUGGGAAUGCCUGCAACACAAUGGAUUAGUGUGUACAAUGCUCGUAGGCCCAUGAAGCAAAGAUAUCAUUACAAUGUGGCAGAUGUGAGGCUUCCCCAACAUAUCGAGAAAGGUAAUGAAGAUGGAUUAUUUAUCAGCAGUGUGGCCUCUUGUUCAAACCUAUGGGCUCUUAUUAUGGAUGCUGGCACCGGCUUCACUGCUCAAGUUUAUCAACUCUCACCAUACUUUCUUCACAAGGAAUGGAUUAUGGAGCAAUGGGAAAAGAAUUACUACAUCAGUGCUAUUGCAGGAGCAAAUAAUGGGAGUUCAUUAGUUGUAAUGUCUAAGGGGACCCAGUAUUUACAGCAAUCCUACAAAGUCAGUGAUUCAUUUCCCUUUAAGUGGAUCAACAAAAAAUGGAGGGAGGGUUUUUAUGUGACUGCCAUGGCCACUGCUGGAAGCAGAUGGGCAAUUGUCAUGUCACGUGGUGUUCCAUUUUCUGACCAGGUUGUAGAGUUAGAUUUUCUCUAUCCUAGUGAAGGUAUUCACAGGAGGUGGGACGGUGCAUAUCGCAUCACUUCAACUGCUGCAACUUGGGAUCAAGCUGCUUUUGUUCUUAGCGUUCCUAGAAGAAAACCUGCAGAUGAAACUCAGGAGACCCUUCGAACUUCUGCUUUUCCUAGCACUCAUGUAAAGGAGAAAUGGGCGAAGAAUCUCUAUAUUGCAUCAGUUUGUUAUGGUCGAACUGUUUCAUGACCUGGCAAAGUUUUGUUCAGAUGCCAUUCAUUUUGUUUGCUCAACAAGGGACAGAUCUACUGCUUCACUUUUAGGGAACUAAGCUCUUUAGUCAAGAUUGAUUGAUCACAGCAUUUGGGAGUUGAUGUAUGCACAAUUCAACUUUUUUGCCACGAUCAUGUGGCAUCUAUUUAAAAACCUGUGCACUGUCAUUCAAUCAAGUCAGAAUCUCUGUGAGCUAAUUUCUGAUCUUUUGUACCAUUCGGUGCAACAUAUGUUCUUAUUUGUAUAGUUUUGAAAUCAUAAUUUCUUGGUUGAAGGCUAGUGCACAGGUUAAGUUCUAAUUGUUGAUGGGUGUUUGAGGAAAUAUCAAUGGCGAUUUUAUGCUGGACUCUUAAGUGCUUUGGGUCAUAUGAUCUGUAUUAUGUUUAGUGUCUAGCCUUGUUUUCUGGACUAGAAGAUCAUUAUGAUCUUUCACCCUGUUCAUGGAUGUCUGAUUUGAUCCUAAAGAAGAGAAAAAUGUUACUUAUUUUGUAUAUUUUGAAGCAACAGUUUGUAAUGGGAUAUCACAUCACUUGUGCUAUAGAUGAACCUUGUAUUCUCGUUUCUCUAAAAUCUAAUUCAGGACACGCGGCUCAUGAUUCUAUUGAA